AUGGCCGAUCUAAUCAAUGAAAAACACAUGUCCACCGACUCUGAUGAUAUCGAAAUGCAGUCACACGACUUGGAACAAAAUAUCACAUUAGCUGAAGGGGAAAUAAAAGCUCCUAUGUUCAAACAUGUCGAUCCAAAUGAUGGUGAUGAGGCACUUAGGGCCUUUGCUAGUGAUGAUGGUGAAGUUAUUGUCAUGACACCAGAGAUGGAGAAACAAUUGUUGAGAAAAAUUGAUUGGAAUUUGAUGCCAAUGCUUUGUGUUGUGUAUGGCCUCAAUUUUCUCGAUAAGACAACACUUUCAUAUGCUAGUAUUAUGGGUAUGAAGACCUCACUCAAUCUCAAGGGUGAUAACUACCAAUGGUUAGGAUCUAUGUUCUACAUUGGUUACUUGGUUUGGGAGUAUCCGACCAAUCGUUUACUGCAAAGAUUGCCCCUUGCUAAAUGGUCAUCUUUCAAUAUCAUAGCCUGGGGUGGUACAUUGUGUUGCAUGGCAGCGACAAGCAAUUUUGCUGGUGCUGUGGCUGUUCGUUUCUUCCUUGGAGUCUUCGAAGCUGCAGUCACUCCUGGAUUUACUCUUUUUACAUCCCAAUGGUACACUAAAGAAGAGCAAGGACUAAGGACUGGAAUCUGGUUUAGUUUCAAUGGAUUUGCUCAAAUCUUUGGUGGUGUUGUUUCAUACGGCAUUUCAGUUGGUGUUAAGAAACAUGGAGCUGCCAUUGCGCCGUGGAAGGUUAUAUUUUUGACCAUUGGACUGUUAACAGUUGCUAUUGGGUGUAUAUUUCUUUAUUUUAUGCCGGACAGUCAAUUGAAUGCCAAGUUUCUUACCCCGAAAGAGAGACUUAUGGCAGUUGAGCGUAUCAGAAAAAAUCAACAAGGCGUGGGUAAUAAGCAUUUUAAAAUGUACCAAUUGAAAGAGGCUUUGGCCGAUCCGAUCACUUGGGCGUUUGCUUUUUAUGCAUUGAUGGCGGAUAUACCUAAUGGCGGAAUCUCGAACUUCUUUUCCCAGCUCAUCGUGUCAUUUGGUUACACUCCAGAUCAAUCACUUCUUUACGGAAGCCCUGGUGGUGCUGUUGAAGUUGUAACUCUCAUUGUUUGUGGUUACCUUGGAGAUAAAUACGGCCAUAGGCUAUUAAUCUCUACAUCUGGUCUUUUAAUUGCAAUGUUAGGAAUGAUCCUCAUAGUUGCUCUUCCAUUAUCCAAUAACAGCGGCCGUUUGGCAGGCUAUUACCUAACACAAGCUUCAGCAACACCAUUUACUGCAAUCCUUUCCAUGAUAUCAAGUAAUGUCGCAGGCUACACUAAAAAGACAACAGUUGCAGCCCUUUAUUUAGUUGCCUAUUGCGUAGGGAACAUAGCCGGACCCCAGGUAUUCAGACCACAAGAUGCACCACGAUACAAGCCGGCAGAAAUAACGAUCAUUGUCUGUUAUGGGGUAGCUCUUAUUGAUGUGGUUUUUAUUGCAUGGUAUUACAAUAAGAUGAACAAGAAGAAUGAAGCGAUUAGAGCCACGCCAGGAUAUAGAAAGCUAGAUAAGCAGGAGUUUCUAGAUCUUACCGACAAGGAGAAUCACGAGUUUGUUAGACAUAUAAUUUCAACUACUGUUACGUCUAAUCUUUCCAUUGCUCAAGAUAUUGGGAUGUAUCGGACGAAAUUCGACAAGGGAAAGUUAGGAUACCAACGUGUGAGGAAGGGACUGAAAGAAAGCAGUGAAGGGGCGCAACCCCAAUACAUCAAAGUCACUGCUCAUAUAUGGAAGUUUGGAGGAGCUGGAUAA